AAUGCAAAUGAGCAGGUUAACAACCCCAGUGUUGCAAUGUUCUAGCCUUAAAUAUAUUUGGAUAACCCAGCAGAGCCAUUUUGCCUUUGGGAACAGGGCAGCUAGCCUAUGGCAGCAGGAAUCCAACAAGGUCCCUGAGUGCUGAGGCAGAGAGGAGGAGAAAAGAAACAAGAGGCUGGAGAUUGCCAAAUUCAGCAUCCCGCUUGGCUCCUGAUUAUUGGUGAAACCAUCUCUUAGCUCCUAGAAGGAGAGUGUUAGAUCAUGAAACUAAUUACCAUCCUUUUCCUCUGCUCCAGGCUGCUACUAGGUUUAACCCAGGAAUUACAGUCUGAGGAAAUUGACUGCAAUGACAAGGAUUUAUUUGAGGCUGUGGAUGCUGCUCUGAAGAAAUAUAACAAUCAAAACCUAACUACCAACCAGUUUGUAUUGUACCGCAUAACUGAAGGCACUAAGAUGGUGAGUGAACUGUGUUUAACCUUGAAGAGACAAAUUCUGGCAGAACGCAUGGUUCAAAGAAAUACCAAUCUUUCAAGAGCUACUGGAAAAUGCACAGCAACUGUGGGGAAGAGGGGGAAUACAAAAUUCUCCGUGGCUAUCCAGUCCUGCCAGAUUACUCCAGCCGAUGGCCCUGUGAUGACAGACCAGUAUCACUGCCUUGGCUGUGUGCAUCCUGUAUCAACAAAGAGCCCAGACCUGGAGCCCAUUCUGAGACACGGUGUUGAGUACUUUAACAACAACACGAAUCAUUCCUCCCUCUUCAUGCUUAGUGAAGUAAAACGGGCCCAAAGACAGGUGGUGUCUGGAUGGAACUUUCUAAUUACCUACUCGAUUGUGCAAACGAAUUGUUCCAAAGAGAAUUUUCUGUUCUUAACUCCAGACUGCAAGUCCCUUUCGAAUGGUGAUACCGGUGAAUGUACAGAUGACGCAUACAUGGAUACUCAGCUACGAGUUACUUCCUUCUCACAGAAAUGUGACAUUUAUCCAGGGGAGGAUUUUGUACAACCACCUACCAAGAUUUGUCUUGGCUGCCCCAGAGAUAUACCCACCAACAGCCCAGAGCUGGAGGAGACACUGACUCACACCAUCACAAAGCUUAAUGCAGAGAACAAUGAAACUUUCUAUUUCAAGAUUGACAAUGUGAAAAGAGCAAGAGUACAGGUGGUGGCUGGCAAGAAAUACUUUAUUGACUUCGUGGCCAGGGAAACCACAUGUUCCAAGGAAAGUAAUGAAGAGUUGACCAAAAGCUGUGAGACCAAAAAACUUGGCCAAAGCCUAGAUUGCACUGCUGAAGUUUAUGUGGUACCUUGGGAGAAAAAAAUUUACCCUACUGUCAAGUGUGAACCACUGGGAAUGACCUCACUGAUGAAAAGGCCUCCAGGUUUUUCACCUUUCCGAACAUCACAAGCAGGGGAAAUAAGAGAAGAAACAACUGUAAGUCCACCCCACACUUCCAUGGCACCUGUACAAGACGAAGAGUGGGAUUCAGGAAAAGAACAAGGGCAUACUCGUAGACAUGACUGGGGCCAUGAAAAGCAAAGAAAACAUGGUCUUGGCCAUGGCCAUAAACAUGAACGUGACCAUGGGCAUGGGCACCAAAGGGGACAUGGCCUUGGCUGGGGGCACCAACAACAACAUGGUCUUGGUCUUGAACAUAAGUUCAAACUUGAUGAUCUUGAACACCAAGGGGGCCAUGGCCUUGACCAUGGACAUAAGCAUAAGCAUGGUCAUGGCCACGGAAAACAUAAAAAUAAAGGCAAAAAGAAUGGAAAGCACAAUGGUUGGAAAACAGAGCAUUUGGCAAGCUCUUCUGAAGAUAGUACUACAUCUUCUGCACACACCCAAGAGAAGACAGAAGGGCCAACAGGCAUCCCUUCCCUAACCCAGCCAGGUGUAGCAGUUAUACCUGACUUUCAGGACUUUCAGGACUCUGAUCUCAUUGCAACUAUGAUGCCUAAUAUACCACCAACUCCCACAGAGAGCGAUGAUGAUUGGAUCCCUGAUAUCCAGAUACAACCAAAGGGCCUUUCAUUUAACCAGAUAUCAGAUUUUCCAGAUACAACCUCCCCCAAAUGUCCUGGACGCCCCUGGAAGUCAAUUAGUGAAAUUAAUCCAACCACAAAAAUGAAAGAGUCAUAUGCUUUUGAUCUCACUGAUGCUCUUUAUUAAUUUAUGCAGCCAUGGGUAUUUCUUUAAUACUUUUAUUAAGGUAUCAAUAUCCCUCUCUCCAUUGUCCAAAUGCAAAUAUACUGAUAUAACGCACCAAAAACUGUGCAGCUUCAGAACAGCCUAAAGAGAAGUGGUAGAUUCCCAGUGGAGACACCAUCAAUCUCCACGGACUGCAUAAAAUUGUGUGCCACAAUUCUAAAUCUUUUCAGAAUCUUCUUCACAAGUUUUCUAAAUUAGCACAGAAAAUGGACAAACUAAUGUGCCUUAUGGCCUGCUGCAGUUGGCUUCUGUGAUAACAAAUGUGUACCUUACAAAGUAUGUCAUAAAUUUUCACACGAAGAUUCUUGACAUUCUGAACGAACUGUGGCACCUGCUCUUUGAAUGUGUGUGAAAAUAAGGGAAAUCAAAAGAUUAAAUGCUAAACUUAUUAAUAGAGUAAAAAAAAAAAAAAAAAAAAAAAAAAAAAAAACUUCCAGAUGUCAAAGAGAAGUAACAAGAAAGAAAGACAGGUUGGCCAAAGGGAGGAAAAGGGGGACAUAAUUGACUUUCUGUUCCCAAAACGGGCUAGUUAUAUCAAAUAAGUACUCCCACUUGACAAAGCUAUUCUGAUAAUUCCCUUUCUAGAUGAGAGUGUUUCUUAUAAGUCAAUAAUUUCUAUUUACUCAUUAACUACUCUUUACAAUAGGCUUUCAUAUAGGAGUAUUCUGUUUAUUUUUUGCUGAGGCUAAAUUGAGUGAUUCUUAGUUUACAGAAGCUCUGAGCUUAAUGAUAAUGCUGAAAAGCAGAGAAAGCAAUAUAGAACCAGGCUUGCUAAGGAAGCUUUUUAAAUAAUGGACAAGGGAAUAUUAUAGAAUGUCAUGCAGUUGGUUCAGAAAUUUUAUGAGGAAAUUCUUCUCUAGUCUCACUUUAUAAUCAUAUCAUCUUUUUGCUAUGACAUUGAAGACCAUUGAGUUUAGCAAAAGAGAUAAUAGGAUUGUCUUUCAUUGCCUUAUCGUUCAAAGAAGGUUUAUGUUUUAUAACCAAUGUUGUACUUUUGCCUAGAGAAACAAGACAUGGCUUUAAAUAGCUACAGUCAUCUUUGGAUGCGUAUGUCACUGCUGUUUCAAUUUAUUGGAUGUAUUUGAACCUCUGAGUUUGUCUUUCAUCUUAUAUAUUGCCUGUACUUUUAAAUAAACAACCAAAGGCGUCAGGAAAAAGUCUUACCUUGUCAA